AUGGUCGCUCAAACAGACGCAGUGGGUUGUCGUGAUUCCGCUCCGGAGGAACGGGGUGGGACAAAACCUUCUUACCAGGUUAUCUCGGAGGACAGCGAUAGACAUCCAAAUGGCCAUGGCCAUGACGAGGAAAGUGCCUUGCUUUCUAGUCCGACCGCAAAUGACGAACGCAAAGUAGAGCUUUCGACCAGUAUCAGCACUAUCGUGGCCGUCUUACUGCUAGGCGAAUUCAUCUCGAAUGCCGAUAGCACGCUAGUUAUGGCUGCAACGGCAAAGGUGUCGUCUGAAUUUAACCAGCUUCAGGAUGCCAGCUGGUUGUCGACGGGGUAUACUCUGGGGUAUAGCGUGGUGGUGCAUUCAUCUGCUAACGAUUGGUUAUUCAGGGGGAUCGGUCGGGAUCUUUGGACGGUCAUAGUAGGCCGAGCAGUCAGUGGUAUCGGAGGUGCAGGCAUUAUGACCCUUGGCUCGGUUAUUAUCACUGAUAUCGUUCCCCGACGUGAGGUCGCGUCAUGGAGAGCAUAUAUCAAUAUCGCCAUGACUCUGGGUCGAAGUGUCGGAGGUCCUGUUGGUGGAUGGCUGACGGACGCCAUCGGAUGGCGCUGGCUGUUUCUUCUACAAAUUCCCUUCAUCGUCCUCGGUGGCCUUCUAGUGAUUGCCAAGCUGAACAUCACAUACCACGCCACAUCGAAAGCCUCUAUUCGCCGCGUUGAUUUCCUGGGAGCGGGACUACUUGGAGCAUCCGUGGUGGCCAUUAUCAUGCUCCUCGAUCGAGGCGGCCAUGCCUUCCCAUGGAUCUCACUCCUUUCCUUCGUGUUGGGCGGUACCGGUAUCGCAUUACUUGUGCUCUUCGUCUGGGCUGAACGCGUCGCAGCCGAGCCCAUCUUCGAUCUUCGGAUUCUGGCCCGACCAAACGUGGCAUCCAGCUAUAUGGUUGGGUUCCUUCAGAUCACCAGCCAGCUGGGCAUGCUAUUCUCCGUCCCAUUAUACUUCCAAGUGUCACAACGCGCUUCCGCGACCGUUGCCGGCGGCCAUCUGGUCCCAGCCGUGGUCGGAAACACGGUCGGAGGUUUAUUAGCGGGCACAUUCAUCCGUCGAACAGGCCGCUACAAGGCAUUGUUAGUCAUUGGAGGACUUGUCGCUGCAAUCACACAUGUUCUCAUGCUUAUCCGGUGGAACGGCCAUACGAACUUUGGAGAAUCCUUAUAUAUCAUUCCCGGAGGUAUAGGUACGGGCAUCGCAUCGGCGUCUGCUUUCGUCGCUAUGACAGCUCUACUCGAGCCUCAGGACAUGGCCAUGGCGACCGGUGGAUACAUGCUCAUAGUCAGUUUCGCCAUGACGACUGGCAUCACCAUGACCAAUACGGUUCUCGGAUUAGGAUUCAAGCAUCAGUUAGAACAGAACCUGCACGGCAAGGAGGCGAAUAAGAUCAUUCGUCGCGCGACAUCGGAUACGAAUUAUAUUGCCAAACUCGAGGGAAAGAUUUGGGAGAUUGUGGUGGGCUGCUUUGUGGCCGGAUUGAAGAAUACUUACGGGAUCUGUCUGGUAUUCUCUAUCUUGGGCUCGCUGGUUGCACUGACGAUUCGUCAUCAUCACUUGUAG